ACGUUGCAAUCCCAAGUAAUCGUCAGUUUGAAUAGAGAUUUGAGGUUUAUUCAGAAAUGCGUUUUCUCAUUCUAGUUCUGGCGGGUUCAAUUGGAAUAUAUGGAGUCAACUUGCCCAAAAUCCCAAAGUUAUCAGAUCUUGUUAAUCCCUUUCAACAAUUCAAGCUCAAAGACAUUCUCUCUACGCUUACUGCACUUGACACGCCUGAUAUUGCCGCGGAUUCUGCCGGAGUUUCUCUUCCAAAACACGAAUAUACCGAUAGACUCAGCAGUAUCUCAGAUCUGAAUAGAUCUAAACGAGAUUUGUUAUUCCAAGGAGAUAUUCACUUAUCAUUCGAACAUCUUUCAAAUAUUGUUCGAGAACAACUUGACCAUUCAAGAACAAAGAGAACUGCAUUUCGAAAUGCAAUGUAUCCAAAAACUAUAUGGUUACCAAAUGUACCAUUUGAACUUCACGGUUCAUUAUCUGCAAAAUCACGCUCUUCACUUGUUGCCGCAAUGGCAUUCUGGGAGAAACACACAUGUGUAGCUUUCAAAAAACGAACAUCUGAAAAAGUUUAUCUGCUAAUGUCGGGUCAAGAAGAAGGAUGUUGGAGUACUGUAGGAAGAGAUGAAGCUCAAGGAGCACAGAUUUUGAAUAUUGGAACAGGUUGUGAGAUGUUCGGAAUAACAUCACAUGAAAUAGCUCACGCACUCGGACUUUUCCACGAGCAAUCGAGAUAUGACAGAGAUAACUAUGUACAAAUAGUGAAGUCCAGAAUUGCACAGACGAAUUUUUAUGAUUUUGCUGUGGUUGGAAAGAAGAAUAUGGAAACUUAUGGUCAGAAAUAUGACAUUGGAAGUGUGAUGCAUUAUAGACCAACAGAGUUUUCCCUCGAUGGAGGUAACUCAAUUAUUGCAAAAGAUGUCAAUAUGCAAAACACAAUGGGACAAUUCCGUGGUCCAUCGUUCAUUGAUGUUGCCAAAAUCAAUAGACACUAUAAUUGUGAAAAGAAUUGUAAAAAUAAGAUAACUUGUCUCAAUGGUGGCUAUCAACAUCCGAAAAACUGUAAAAUUUGUGUGUGCCCACCUGGCUACGGAGGAAGCGAUUGUAAAGGUAUUGAGGCUUCGAGUCCGGCCAAAUGUACUGGAGUUUUGGUUGCUGGAGAGACGCAGAGAAAAUUUACGGCAAAUAUAAAGCCAAAUAAAAAUGCAAAAGGAAUUAGGAAGUGCAAUUAUCAUAUUGAGGCACCACCUGGAAAACGUAUUGUUAUCAUUGUCGAUUCUGUGAUUGGAAAUUGUGUUCAAGGAUGUUAUGAAGAAGGUGUUGAGCUCAAAAUGUAUGAAGAUAAAACUGUUACUGGUGCAAGAUUUUGCUGUAAACUUCAAAAGCCUCAAACAUUGAUAUCUCAAGGAAAUACUGUUCCUUUGAUGCUAGUGGCUGGAAAAGCUCAAGCAUUUGUACAGCUAAGAUAUUCCACAGUUGAUGGUCCUCAAAAUCGUAGUCCAAAAGAUGGGAAUGCGACAUCGAUUGGGGUAAAUCCAUUUUUAUUGGAAAAAUACCAAGAUAAUUCUAUUGAUAGUGAAGCAAUCAGGAAAGAAUAUCAUAUUCAAUCGGAUAACGUGAAUCAGGAAGAUUUUGAAACAUUGGUGAGAAGUGAAUUCAUUGAUGAAAAUACUGCGGAUAUUUAAUUUAUUUGUUUGUAUUUAAUGUAGAAUUUCUGCAAACUAUUUAUUUUAAAAUUAUUUUUAUAUUUACAUAACUUAUAAUACUAUUAAAUUAUGUUUUUAGGAUCUUAGUUGUCAAUUUGAAUUUGUAUAUUUUCUUGAAUUCAUAAAAAUAUUAAUUUUUCAAAGGUAGUAUUCUCGUAGAGUCCCCUUAUAGUUUUUCAAAUA